GACCUUUCAGACCUAUGAUGAAAUCCAUGCUCUUGAUAUCGAAAUUCACUCUCGAGCUGAUCCCGAGAUAACUUUGGUGAUGGCUGAUAAAAUGUCCUCAAUAUAAUCUGAUGGCAAUACAGUUCAAUUCACCAUAAGCCAACCCGCUUAGAAACGAAACAAAAUGUCCACGUGGUCAAGAAUAAAAGGGAACCAACACAUUAAUAGGUAUCGCAAAUAUCGUAUUGCUGCUUGUGCUGCAGGUGACGUUUAAUAAGAAAAACAAACGGACCGCUGCAUCAUAAACAAUUUCGAUCGCAGUAGGUUACCGUUCUGUACGAAUCCCCGAAACUGAACGUAGCACCCAUCGACGGUAUUCGUUGGGGUGAACAAAAAAAAAACAAGGCUCAUGAAGCUUGUGCAAAGCAUAGUUGUGCCGGACAACAGUGUCAAGCGUGGUAAAAGAAGAAAAAAAAACACAUCAUGUCGUCCAUUGGCAAAUCACCUCGUUUCGUUAACAGGGUAAAGAGUGAACUUACCGUCACCGGGCGCCGAUCGGGCACUCCAACGACCCCGGGCAGUUCACAGAUCCCCGUCCCGAAAACGCCCCUAACACCGCAAACCGUGCACGAAAGGAAAAAAUUCUUAACCCGAAGGAAGCUUGUGAUCGGCGAUGCCAAACCACACCUUACAUGCUCGAGUCCAGCGUCCAGCGUGCAAGACUUUGUUCAUCGGGCGACUGUUUGCUCGUGUGAUCCGGAGCUACAGGGACCGGAUCAGCUGAAACCAAACUGUAUCUACGUGAACGUUUGCACUGAACACGUGGCGGGUGUAUUUCGUUGGAGAGAAUAUUUGAAGCGAUUGUGGCGAUUCGUGGGCACGGUUGCACUAUUGCUGGUGGCGUUUAGUAUAGUGGUAAUAUUAUUCCAAGGUGCGUUCAAUGCGGUGUAUUGGAUGUUUGGUGGGAAGAGUACGGGACGGGCCCAUGACCCGACGCUUGCAGAGGACGAACGCAUGUUCUACGAAGAGGAGACUGAGAGCGAUGGAGAAGAAUUGAACCGUGGCCUCGUGGAGCUGAACCCGAAUGCAUUCAGCUUGACGGAAACGACACACGCCUUCAAUUUGCUUCAUGUCUUAAUUAUGACGUUGGCAAGACUUUUUGGCUGGAUCGGUGGCAUACUGUUACCGGAUGAGGGAUAAAUCGAGCCUCUCGUUUCUGUUCUUUAACGUUCGUCUGAUCUAUCGGUCGGUAGGUUGGCAGGAAUGUAAUCCUUUGGUAUCAUUAAAUAAUUUGUUUAACUUUGAUUGGUAAGGAAACCGGUUUGCUUUCUAUGCAUUAAACAAAGCCGUGGGUGAAUAGGUUCGAGAUUGCGUUACCCGAUUGCACUGUGGGAAAAUUUAUGAAUGAUGGUGCGUUUUUAUGUACUCGUUGUCAUAAAAUGAUCCUUUUCCUUUGGAAUAUUCAUUGUGAAAAUAUUUUAUAUUCUUUAUAUAUUCUUUGAACAAAUUUCUUCCCGAUUUUUGUGUAAUUCAAAUUAAAUUUCAACAAUGAUUAUCCCCAAUAAUGAAAUUUAAAAAUAAAUGAA